AUGUCCUCGCAUAGGACUAGCUAUAGCCAUAGGCCAAUGGAAUGGAGAGCCAAGACUACAAGCCACUCCUUAAACCAAAGGAGCGGAAAUAACAGAGCACACAAUGAAAGCUAUGGACUGCCUAACCAAAAUGAAGAUAAUAGAGAAAGGCAGAGAUCACCAAGAGUUGAUCUGGUUAGGAACCAACUAGCACACAACCCUCUCAACAGAGGAGAAGACUCUAGCUCCUCCAAAACUCAGACAAAUGAACAAAACAGGGGGAUCCUCUACAAGACAAUCAACAAGGGGACUUUGAGGUGGCCCUUGGAGAAGUAA